GCGGGCAGGGAGCGGUUCGAGAAGAUGGCCCAGUCUAGGCCAGAAAAUCACCAGAAGUACUUGUCCAACGCGUCGGAUGAGAAGAGACAGCAGCGGCGCGCGAAGGACGCGGCCCGCCAGAAGCAGCGCCGCCAGAUGACGGGGGCGAACGCGACCGAGGCCUGGCGCAAGAAGUACCCACAGAAGGCGGCGAUCAUGAGGAAGAGGGUCGCUGCGGCCACGAGGCAGGGGCGGCGGGGCCACCCGGUCGAAACCCGAACUGCUCACAGACAAAAGUACCAGAAGCAGAAGGCCAUCGCGAAGGCUGGUCGCCAGAAGUUCCAGGAGAUCCAGAGUCGG